CUCACACCCAAUGCACAUAUAAGCCUCUCCAUGUCAAUCUUCACCGACCACAAUAUCUUUCAAUCAAUCAAUAAAUUCUAUGCCCAUAUACCAAGGCAUUGUUGAAUAAGAGAACAUUUGGUGAACCGUUAACAUGCUAAGCCCAUUCACUACGCAAGGGGUGGAAAAUCUCCCGGCUCUUCCAGACAAGCUGUCUUCAGAAGAUAGUGGGCAGUACGUUGUCAAGUGCGAACAGUUUAAAGAAGUAAAAGCCGAAGAUGGCAAUAUCGAAGCCGCGAUAUGGUUUCGACUACCGCCUAUCACCCCGUCCGUCCUUCGCCGUAUUCAAUUCCUCCAACUAUUUGCGGAAUCUGGAGACCAGGGAUUCGUCGGUGACAGAGACGCGGGAACCUGGACAUGGUUUGAACUAGCUAUUCUUGAGAAUGAAGAGAAGGAUGAACCAAUGAUCAAGAACAACAUCCAGUAUGUUUGGAAAAGUCACCUCAAUCCGAUGGAGACGCCGAACUUUAAAUCGGUGGGAAAUGUCAUUGCCAUUCGUAUUUGUGCUCGCUUCAAAAUGUGGGCAAUUAGAGCCCUGAAGGGAUACUUGGCUGUUCAAAUUAGCAAAGAGCCAGCCACAUACGAGCCCGCUAGAUUUGAGCGAUUCAAAUACCUCCAAAAUGCACUCCAAGAGCUGAACGAGAAGAAUGACACCGAUUAUGAUCUUGAAACCCCUCCCAUGCGUGCCGAUGGUUUCGAUGCUGCUAACGAGAAACCGCUACGUGUCCUAUGUCUUGAUGGAGGAGGUGUGCGUGGAUUAUCGUCGCUCCAUAUCUUGCGCAACGUGAUGCAGCAGCUCGGGACCGAAGAAAAGCCAGCAAAACCAUGUGAGGUGUUUGAUAUGAUUGCUGGCACUAGCACUGGAGGGCUAUGUGCGAUCAUGCUAGGUCGACUGAGGAUGUCAGUUGACGAGUGCAUUCAUGAAUAUGAGAAAUUCAUGAACCAAGUAUUUACAAACACUUGGCGGGAAGCAGCGGAGAAUUUGGUGAAUGUGACCAAGUAUAAUACUUCCAAAUUAGAAAAUGUUCUCCGGGGUGUUAUCAAAGAACGUACCAAGAAUGAGGACGAGCCUCUAUUAGACGAGGGCAACGAGUGUAAAGUCUUCGUCCUCUCCAUUGAUGAGACGGCAGUUAACAAUAAAAGCCCCGUAUUCCUCCGCUCCUACACCAACACUCAACAGCCAUCUCUGUUGCCAAAUAUCAAGAUAUGGGAAGCUGGUCGUGCAACAUCCGCUGCGCCAACGUACUUUGGCCCCAUGCAGGUUGGCGGCCAAAAGUUGAUCGAUGGUGGUCUUGGCGCAAACAACCCUGUUGGAUGGUUGUGGAAUGAAGUCCUAAGCGUGUAUGGCGCUGGUCGACCCAUCUCGUGUUUUCUCAGUAUUGGAACGGGCAUUCCUAAAAAUAGGGCCUUGGGUGGUAUAUUCAAACUGCCAACUUCUUUGGCUGCAAAUGCAACCAACUCUGAGAUUAUGCAUAUUCUCUUCCGGACCCUCCUUGAUGCAUAUGCACCACAAACCAUGCGCGCCAAAUACUGGCGGCUCAAUGUCGGCCACGAAAUACCUGGUUGGCCGGAGGAUCCCAAAGCGGCUAAAAAGAACGAUCUACCAGAACUAGAUGACAUUAAAGGUAUAUAUGGAUUUGUGGAGAAAACAGAACAAUAUAUCACGCAGCAGGCAGACCUUAUACGCAGAUGUGUGGAGACAAUCCAAGAGAGUCGAUGA